AUGAUAAUGGUGGCGAUUAUGUCGGAGAUAUUAGAAGAGUAUGCCACUGUGCUGACGAGAGCAACAGAGCGGUUUUUGUCACGAAAUGGUAUGAGUUUUGAAGAUCUGAGAAGUAGGAAUUUUCGUUUUGGUUCUUCUUCAACCUCUUCUUCAGAUUCUUCUUCUUUUUUUGUUUACUUUUAA